GGAUGAUUUUCGUCAAAACCUCGAAUUCCCAUUGCCAAGACUUAAAUUCAAACAUCUAUUAAGGUUUCCUCCGCACUCCUUUCUUGCCUUGACAUGGACUUGUCAACUUGCCCUUUCUGUAAUCUCACAGUUCUCACCCUUGAACUCGAAAGACACGCAAACAGUCACUUCGACGAUGAAGACAUUUCCAAGGACUUGGAAUUGGCACAAGAAAUUUCCCUUGCCUCCUCAAGUCCAUCUUAUUUCCAGGUUGAUCAUGCCAUGCAGUGUGAAACCAGUUCUCGGAAGAAUCAUGAGAAUAGUUUCUUGAAAUGUGAUGCCAAAAAUUGCACACCCGGAGAGAAAGAUCUAACUGAAGAGAUAAGGAUUUUAGCUAGUGUGCAGAUCAAGGAAAUCUGCCCUCAGAUUGGACAAGGCUCGAUGGAUUUGUUGAAGAACUGUUUAGAGUUGGAGACUGAAAAGACCACCACUAUUUUGUGUGGUUUUGUUGAUCAUUUUCAAAGCAGCCCUUCAGAGGAUUUUGGGUGGGGUUGUGGGUGGAGUAAUAUCCAGAUGCUUAGUUCUCACUUGCUUAACCAACAUCAAGCAGCAAGGGAGGUGUUGUAUGGAGGUUCUGGGUUUGUACCUGACAUCCCUUCACUCCAAAGAUGGCUUGAAAUUGCUUGGCAAAGAGGCUUUGAUAAACAGGGCUCAGAAGACUUUGAUCGAGCAAUUUAUGGCAAAAGAAAUUGGAUUGGAACAACAGAAUGUGCUACACUCUUCCGUUCGUUUGGCGUUCGGGCCAGAAUAGUGGACUUUAUAAGCCGUGACUCUAGGUCUAAUGGAGUCGGGAAUUAUGUCAGCAAGAUGUCACUGCAGGUUUAUGGACCAAUGGAUAGAUAUCUGUCCAAAAAGAAAAAUGAUAUAUCUGAGGCUGUUUCUAUUUCGUACGAUGUAAAGGCUAAGCCUAGGGUACAACAGGCACUCGUUGAUUGGGUGUGGAGUUACUUCUGUGACAAUAAAUUCAAGAAUUCAAGCAAUCAUGGUAUCCUAGUGAGUCAAAAAGCGCCCUUGUACUUCCAGCAUGAUGGCCAUUCAAGAACCAUUGUUGGGAUUCAAAGUAGAUGUCAGAGAAAUGGGUCGAUACAUUACAAUCUAUUGAUCUUAGAUCCAGGUCAUGUAAGUAUAUGCACAUGCAUUGAUAAGCAAGUCUUUUAUCACGGCUCUAUUAUUGCUUUGUUCUUUAUGCACAUCCCUGAUGGCUAUAUUGCGAUACUUCUUGAAAGGAUUUUUAGUUAUCCCUGAUGACCAUAUUUGUCAUAUUCCUUGAAAGGUGUAUGUUACAUCCUUAGUCUCCUCUUCCCUAGUUAAAUGAUUAUAAUGAGUUUAUUUUCUUUUAUAAACCAUUUUCUUGUUAUCUUGCCGGUGUUACUGCCUGUUGCUAUUGCUUUUUUCAUCUUUCCUUGAGCUGAGGGUCUAUUGGAAACAACCUCUCUACCUUCUCAAGGUAGGGGUAAGGUCUGCAUUCAUGCUAUCCUCCCCAGACCCCACUUGUGGGAUUACACUUGGUUUGUUGUUAUUGUUGUAUUAACUGAAGAUGGAACAGCAUAUUACAUUAGAUGUUGGUUUUAUGAUUCAGAAAGUUGGCUAUGCUUCAUGACUUCCUCUUUUGGCAGUUGGGUUCAUGGUUUAACCUGCUUAUGUAUCAAUUAUCAUUGGUUCCAGAACUAAGAAGUCUUAAGGAAUUUUAGACUUUUGCAUUAAAUGUGUUGUUAAGGGUAUUCUUACAUUAUCAAUACAACUGGAAUUGUAUUAUGUGGUCUAGAUAAGCACAUAUGAGAGAUUCGUGAAUGUGCUGCUCUCAUUUAAUAUUGCUGUGCUGCAAAUGUGCACACUUAUUAAAUGUUAUCGUUUAAGGUUCUUAAUCAUGUUUCCUUGCAUGUUGUAGUUCUCAUCACUUAAGGUUAAGACAUGAUUUGGGAAUGCCUGAAGAUGGGAUAGUUAUCGAAAUGUUUUGCUUUCUCCUCCCUCCUUCUCUUGUUGAGGUGUUGAGAAGAAAUCAAAUAAUGCUGUUCAUUGCAAAGCUAUUUAAUGCCCUUCCAAGUUAGGGCGAAAGCUAAAAGACUUCUGAUUUUAUCGUUCUUUUUACUCGUAAAUUUUGUCAAAAUAUCAAAUUGCCUGUC